AAUCGAAAGGAAUCCGAAAUAGGCGUACAAAUGCCAGCAUGGAGCGUACGCGCACAGAGAUGAUGGAGACGGAGAUGGAGGUGGACACCGCCGCGACUGGGCGGCCGGAGCCGCCGCCUAAUACCGGCCAAAGUGACGUCGUCAGGGACCUGCUCACAUUGGCUCGCCAGCUCGUCGGUGAAGGCAAGCCUACUCAGGCCCUCCAAGCGGUUAUUAUGGCAUCAAGAACCAGAGGUGGGGAUGAGGCUGUUGUUCAGUCCUUGCAACGUGCUCGUGAGCUAUACAGAUGUAGAUUGCAAGAAACCACUGCUGUUGAUCAGUUAGCCUCUUUGUUUGCCGAGUGCGCAAUUGAUGAAGCUCAGCCUUCAAAACCUGAAUCAUCAGCACAUAACGUGAGUGGCCCGUCAGCUGGACCCGAUGCUCAUGGAACUUCUAUACUGGCGGAAAGUGGCAGGAUGCAGAUUGUGCUGGAUGCAUUUUCAGAUGGGAGCAGCUUCAUUUGCUUACAGUGUGGAGGUCUUGUUAGCAAUCAUCGCAAAGACGAGCACUAUGCCUACUGGUGUUGCCAAAUUUGAUGUGCACAUGCCUGGGAUGGAUACUUGUGCAAUUCUCUCUCUCUCCCCCCCCCCCCCCCCCCCAAUCCAUGAUUAUGUACCAUGGUUCAACUUCUGUGGAUCACUGGUGGAAUAGUGGUUCCCAGAUUCUCAAAUGGUCACCACCACCAGCAAGUACAACAUUGAAUGUUUGGUUAGGAUAUUGAGAACAGGCAUUGGCUGGUUUGCAGUAAAAUUUAUAAAAUGUAUUGUGUGGUUAGACUAGAAUCUUGUAGUAGCUGUGUUAAUCACAGUUUUCAAAAAGAAAGAGUUGGACAAUAUAUUGGGCAGUUGUUGUUGCAAA